UUCACUUUGAUGGUACAUUAAUUACCACCACACCACAUUUAAAAAUUUAAGAACACAAGCGUGUAAUGCAACUUCUCAGGGUAGAUUUACGAAGAUUUUGUACGGCCGCAUUUUUCGUAUUUUAGACCAUUGGAGUUAGAUUGCUACAAGAUGAAAUUUAUCGUAGAAAGUUUAACGAAAAAUGCCCCACGUUUGGGGGCGUUAAGAGAAAUAGAGAAUCGACCUAAUUUAGUAUUGGAAACACCCAUGGCUAUGCUUUACACACGUGGAGGUAGUAUUCCUCACAUUACCAAUGAAGUGUUCAAGCUUCUGACGCAAAAAUCGCAAAUAAUUCAGAUUCCUUUGGUCAGUACGUACAAUUUCGAAGAUGUGAUGUCUGUCUAUAAAGGAACAAUCGCAGAAUUUGUAGGAAUGAAAGAGUGUAUAUCAUGCUUAACGGUUCAAGACCCAGGUGAUCACACACUGCCUGGGUAUCAUGUUGAGAACAGCAUACCACUGUGGACGAGACAUGGCAAGGUGUUGAUCAGUGCAAAAUCGUAUAUGAAUUUAGUUAGCUUAUUUAAACCAGACAUGUAUUACCUACUUUCUGACGGAGACACCAAUAUAUCGAGCCCGGCAAAGAGAAUAAGGAAAUCUGUGCAAAACACUAUAAAAUAUCAUAAGCAGUGUAUUGACACUCAUGAAAAUCUCACUGGAGUAAAAAAUUCAUUUAUGAUGGGGGCGAUAGCGGGAGGCUACGACCUAAAAGCUCGAAAGGAGUGUAUUGACGGAAUCUGUCAAAAUGACUCAAUUGGGGGUUAUUUAAUAGACGGUUUACACAACAACGGCCCAGAAGUAGAGCUUUUAGCCGCCGACGAAAUUAACCCAGUAGUCGUGUUUGUAAUUAACAAUCUACAACCUACAAAAUUAAGAGCAAUACACGGCUGUUGGAAUCCGGUGGUCAUACUGAAAUUAGUUCAGUUAGGCGUCGAUCUUUUCGAUACAUCAUAUUGUUACAUAGUCACUGAGAGAUCAUGCGCGCUAACCUUUACAAUUGAUGCCAACGGCAAUGACGAGAAGUUUGAAUUAAAUUUACGACAAGCUGAUUUCGCAGAAGACUUCGGGCCGAUUCUACCUGGAUGUACUUGCCUUGCAUGUUCCAAGUAUUCUCGAGCGUACAUUCAUUACCUUGUUAACGUACAAGAGCUUUUAGGGCCCGUAUUACUCACAAUUCACAAUGUCCAUCAUUAUAUGAGAUUUUUUGAAAGUAUUCGUCAAUGUAUUGGAAAUGGUACGCUAAGUUUGUUGGAGGAAAAGGUUGGCAAUCAGUUUCAUUCUUCUAAACACGUUGAUCAACAAGAUAACGUCUUAGCAAGCUGUGAACGGGUAGAUUCUGCCGAUGCUUUUGCAAGUGCUGUUCUUGAAAUGGAUCGAGAUAAUAUUACAGCUUCAGUAUCUUCAUGAUACUGUUAUAUAUUGUACAGAUUUACAUAUACUUUUAUGUAUGUUUUUUAAAUAAAACAAAAAUAUUCAAAGAGA